AUGGCCAUCAAACCAAGUUUUGGCGUUCCUGGCGGUAUGGACAGGGCCCAGGCAAUAGUGGACCACUUUGAAGACAAGAGUUGUCCUGUGACGGAGCGCCUCAAAGUCUUUUACUGCUGCCAAGCACCACCCAGAUGGGCUGUCCAGAAACAGCUGGCCAGCCUUCUGAUGGAUCUCGGCUGCAUCAGUUCAGCUGUGCUCAUUUAUGAAAGGCUGGAGCUCUGGGAAGAUGCAAUUAUCUGCUACGAGAGACUCGGCCAACAUGGAAAGGCUGAGGAGAUUGUGCGCAGGGAGCUGGAGAAGAAGGAGACACCUAGUCUGUACUGUCUACUAGGAGACAUCUUGAGGGAGCAUCAGUAUUACGACCGUGCAUGGGAGCUGUCAGGUCAGCGCAGCGCCAGAGCUAUGCGCUCCAAAGCUCUGCUACACCUCCGCCACAAGGAGUUCCAGCAGUGCGUCAACUGCUUUGAGCAGUCACUCAAAAUCAACAGCAUGCAGCUCGGUGUGUGGUUUUCUCUUGGUUGUGCCUACUUUGCCCUGGAGGGCUAUGAGGGAGCUGCUAAGGCUUUCCAGAGGUGUGUGGGACUGGAGCCAGACAAUGCAGAAGCAUGGAACAACCUUUCUACAGCUUACAUUCGCCUCCAAAUGAAAAAUAAGGCUUUUCGAACCCUGCAGGAAGCCCUUAAGUGUAAUUACGAACACUGGCAGAUCUGGGAGAACUUCAUUGUUGUUAGCACUGACAUUGGAGAUUUUGCUGAAGCCAUCAAGGCAUACCACCGUCUUAUGGACCUGAGGGAGAACUACAAGGACAUCCAGAUUCUGCAGAUCUUGGUGAAAGCAGUUGUUGAGAACUUGACAGACAGCCAAGGUGAGCAGGCAGGAGCCCUCCAGUCCAAACUGAAGGAGCUCCUAGGUCGGGUCAGUUCUCGCCACAGCAGUGACGCUGAGAUAUGGCGACAGUAUGCCCUGCUGUAUGGUGACGGCCACAGCUCCAACCCAGAAAACGAUGACAAGGCACUGCAGUUCCUGUCCAAGGCCCAUCGCUGUGAGGUUCAGGGAGGCGGUUGGGAGAAAGAACCUGCUCUCUUCAAGGAGGUGAUCAAACAAGCUGUCCACAUGGGAGAAGUGGCACUCAGUUGCAGUGUGAAGAAGAGUAAUCCAACAGAAGCUCUUCAGAUACUCUCCUCUACACGCCUCAGUCUCAGGAGUCUGGCCACCAAAGCCAAGCAAAUCCACACAGACGUGGCCACAGGGAGGAUCCAUGCUGAGCUGCAGGACGGCGUUACUGCUGUGGAGCAAGUCAUCACCGAGCUGCAAGAUCUGAGUGGGAAGCUGCGUAACCAGUCACAGUGACCAUCCAUCUCUAAUAUGCCCCUUUUGUGGCAAAAGAGAGAACCUUUGGUUCUCAGGGGUCCUCAGUAAGACUCAGUAAUAAAGACCCAAACCAGCUCUACACCUGCAUUUAUCAUCACAGUGUAUUAAAUAAAGAAAGCCAAAGGACUGAAUUAGUAAUCCUAUUUUUAUUACCUUUAUGUCCACUUUGAAAUGUAAACACUCACUGGAUGGCAUCUUAAAAUACAAUGUUAAAAAUUUGAA